AUCCAAAUCCCUCAAAUAUCCCCUCUUAUAUGAUUCUCACUAUUCAUUAUAUUUUCAGCUACAUUAAUCUUGUUUAAUCAAAUAAACUUCUUCUCAUUUAAACCUAACCUUAUUAAAAGAGCAGAAAAAGGAACAAUUGAAAUAAAAAACCUAAAUUGAAAAUGAUAA